AUGUACCAUUGUAAAACCAGUGAUACCAUUAACAACCCAUAUCCCAUCAAAGCAUUAAGCCUUCAUUUAUUCGACGCGUACGUUUUUAAGGGCGAAGAUACACCCGAUUUAGACUUUGUGCUGUGCCAUUCCAACUCGACGCCGAACGACUUUGAUGGCAGUAGUGCUAAUCCCGAUCGUAAUCGCUUUGCAGACUACUCGUGGUUGGAUGCUGGGACAAAACCACAAUUCGACAUGGAAACCCCGUUAACUGUACGCGUGCAAGGUCUCGUUGAAUGGAUCCAACGUAGCUACAUUAAAAAGUGCACAGGCGAGCUGUCAAGUACAUUAGGGAAUAUCAAUAGCAAACUAAGCUUCGAUUACGACUCCUACCUGAGCACGAUCAGCGGAGCUGACGGUCGGUGUGUUGAGGGUGUAGUCCAAGAUUCAAUUGAUCACACGUGCCUUGCUUUAUCCAUUCCGCUGCUGCAGGAGAAGAACGAGAAAAUCUGUGAAGAUUUAGGAGGCAUCCUUGAGCUCUACGGAAAGCUUACGGGGUUGGGGGGUGGCAGUGCUCCAUCUGUGGCGAAAGUGGAGAUAUCGUUGCUCAUGGUGCUCAUGGUGGAUCAUAGUUCUGUAAAUGUAAAAGCACUGAGAGAGGAAGUUGAAAUUGAAGCCAAAGGAACGGAAGGAUGGGUUGAAAUAUCCAUCGCUGAACUCGUCCGUAGGGUCAUUUCUCUGCAAGGCCUACCGCGUCACACCGGGCAGUUUCAAAAAACACUUCAAAGAAGUAGUGUCUGCAUGAUGGAUUUCAUUCCUUUCCUAGAGAGCGCGUUGUUGAAUUGCCUCUGGGAGCCACUUCACUUCCUCCAGUUGGUGGAUCACUUGACAUUUUUGUUUGGUUUGCCACUGGAUGUGAACAUGGGUGUGGAUACCACAAGUGCACAAGGCGCUCAGGUUUCGCGAACUGCUACAUUUAGUUACGUUUGCGAAGAGCCACAAGCUUCUGCUCUCGUAGUGUUGCGGUACAACAACAGCCGCACGGUGCCGGUCGUUGAAGUAACCGUCACCCAGCAGACGGACCCCGCCAAGAAGGAGAAGACGACUUCGAAACACGUCAAAUACCGCGACGACCUGGAUCCGAAGUCAAAAAGCAGUUCCAUCUCAUCGGGGCCUAUUGACGUCGCCCUUCUGGGAGAAGCUACCAUUGCAGCUUGCACGGAGACGAUAGUGAGCCUUAUUAAACCCUGCAAGCGAGCAUAA